AUGGCCUCUGCCGUGCCUACCGACGUCUCAGGGCGGUCGGCGAAGCUUUUGAAGUAUUUCCUGCAAGCAAUCCACGGAAAGCGGGCGAUACAGACAGCUUCAGACGGACAAAGAUUCUUUGAGGCUCUCGGUGAUCAGAAGGAUCGCUUAAAUUGUGUCGAGAAGCUCAUUGCGGCGGAUCAUGGGCUGCGAGUCUUGAAGGAGUCGUUGAGGUUCGAUGUUUCGCGACCAUUCCUCAUCGGUCCAGCCACCGACCUCCUCCUUUAUUUCUCCGAACCCGCUCUUCGACAACUCUGCAGUGGACAAUUCCUCCUUCGCAUUCUCGAGGUUAUUGCUGAUCCGCCAACCUUCUGGAACGCCCUCGUAAAGGCCCACAAAGAGAGGGUUUUGACCGAGAAUGCCACAGAAGCCUUUGCAUGGCUCCUGUUGGAGCUCCUCUCAGCAAGGACAGACGGCCUUCUAGAUGUUCGAGAUAUCGCAGAGGACGUGACAAAAAACAAGUCUCUACUUGACUCACCAUCAAUCGAGGUCCGCAAGUACGGUCAGAAGCUGAAGCAUGUCCUUCAGACCACGGCGUCGAACGCACCCUAUGGUGGCGCUGCGGGACCCGGUGGCCGACACGAUAAUGACUUCGUCGACUUCCGUCAAGUAGCCAUCCUCCCCACCCCGGACGAGUUAUUCUCGACUGAAAAGCCUUUCUAUCGACAAGCCGAUGCUAUCAAAUCUGCAGAGGCCGACAGCCGUGGUGCCAUGCAUUUGGACAAUCAAUUUCGUCUUCUCCGAGAAGACAUGCUCGGCGAACUUCGUACCGAUUUGCAAAUCGCACAAGGCCGAAAGAAUGGCAAACGAAGAAGCGCCAUCGUGAGAGGUUUGUAUCUCACAUCUCUUGAUUGUGGAACAGCCCAGAGACGGAAGCCUUGCUCGAUGGUCUUGCGCUGCAUCGAGGACAUCCCACAACUUUCGAAAAUCGAAAGUCCAACGGAUCGGCUCAAGUAUGUUCGCAAUGAGUACAAGUUCCUGAAGCAUCAAUCUUUCGGAAGUCUGAUGGUAGGUAAGGAACUUGUUGCUUUUGCGACUCUCGAGAGAGACGAAAAUCUACUGGCCCAAAAGCCACCCUCUAUCGUAUUGCGACUCUCGAGCGAAGCAGCUUUCACAAAAGCCCUUCUUGUGGCCAAAUCAGGUCAUCUCCUGGACUUCGUCCUAGUCGAUACAGCUGUGUUCGCCUAUGAGCCAGUGCUGAAAUGUCUUCAAACCAAGACCCAGAUUCCGAUGCAAGAGGAGUUGUUGCAAAUGGACAUCAAUGAAUCAUUGCCAGAGUCUGAAGUUCAACCGAAACGCAUUGUAGAAUUGAUCAGGCAAAACAGCCAACAAGAUAUGCGCAAAGUCAUAGGUACACCAAAAGACAUCAAACUUGACGCAUCUCAAGCCAAGUCUUUGAUUUCGGGUCUGACAAGAAGAGUCUGUCUUAUCCAAGGGCCUCCCGGAACCGGAAAAUCCUUCAUAGGCGCAUUAUUAGCGAAGAUCUUGCUUGAUCAUACAAAGGAAAUCAUCUUGGUGAUAACUUAUACGAAUCAUGCACUUGAUCAGUUCCUCGAAGAUCUUCUGGAUAUUGGAAUCUCCAGGGAUUCAAUGUUACGCCUUGGGAGCAAAUCAACGCCCAGAACGAUGCCGAUGCUUUUGUCAGAGAUCUCCAAACAAAGAGGCUCAUACCGUCGUACACCAGUCUCAUGGGACAUCAUUAAUGCACUGAAGCUUGAAGCUGAGUCUUAUGAAAUACUUCUCGCUAAGAAGUUCAAACAAUACAAUGACUUCAAGGUUGGCCUCAGUGAGUUGCUUGAACACCUCGAAUUUUCCGAUGAUGACUCGCGAUUCUUCGAUGCAUUCACGGUACCUUCUUCGCAAGAUGGAAUGACACACGUUGGUAAGAAAAACAAGACCAUCGACGGUACUUAUUUAUUGGACCAAUGGAGAGCUGGUAAAGGUCCAGGACUUUCCUUCCAUCAAAUCUUCAACGAGUUUCCAGAGGUUUGGAAGAUGGACAAGCCUUCAAGGGAUGCCUGCAUGUCAAGGUGGAGGAUGGAACUGCUGAAAGAUCUCGCCGCGGAGAUUCAAACCCUCAUGACAAAAUACGACCGAUGCAUGGGCCAAGUAAACCAACUCUUCGAAGAAAAGAAUGCCGCGAUUAUCAAGAGUAAGCGUGUGAUCGGAUGCACAACGACCGCUGCGGCGAAAUACACCAAAGAGAUCGGAAAUGCCUCGCCAGGAAUCAUCAUCGUAGAGGAAGCUGGUGAGAUCCUUGAGAGUCACGUGUUGACUGCAAUGACACCAAAUUCGAAGCAGCUUAUUCUCAUCGGCGAUCACAAGCAGCUGCGACCCAAGGUCAACAACUACGCGCUGACCGUUGAAAAGGGAGAUGACUACAACCUCAACCAAUCCUUAUUCGAACGACUUGUUCUUUCUGGUGCGAAUCACGAGACUCUAAGUCUACAGCACCGAAUGUGUCCAGAAAUAUCGUCUCUUGUGAGGCAAAUGACAUAUCCUGAGCUUGAAGAUGCUCCAAAAACCCAAAAUCGACCGCCUCUUAAGGGAUUCCAGGACCGCGUGAUGUUCAUUACGCACGACUAUCCGGAGCUCAAUGCGGGAAGAAUCGCAGAGAGAAGAGACGAAGGUUCUCAAGUGAGCAAGGAGAAUAUUUACGAGGUCGAUAUGGUCCUGAGAUGCGUUCGCUACCUUGGGCAGCAGGGAUACGGCACCGGAGAUAUCGUAGUGCUCACGCCCUAUCUUGGCCAGCUGCAGCUUUUGCGUACGAAGCUCGGGGAGGAAAACGACCCCAUUCUAAAUGAUCUUGACUCAUAUGACCUCGUUCGGGCUGGGCUUCUUCCGCCUGCUAGCGCUGGAGUAUCAAAAAGGACGAUCAAGAUUUCCACAAUAGAUAACUAUCAGGGAGAGGAAAGUGACAUAGUCAUUUCGACAUUGACUAGAAGUAACGCAAGUGGCGAGAUAGGUUUCAUGUCUUCUCCGCAAAGAGUAAAUGUCCUUCUGUCUAGAGCACGCAACGCCCUCAUCAUGAUCGGCAAUUCAAACACGUUCAUGAGGAGUCGAAAAGGGAAAGAUGUCUGGGAACCGCUUUUAAAUCAUUUGAAGCACGGCGGUCAUGUGUUCGAUGGGUUUCCGGUCAAGUGCGAGAGGCACCCAGACCGAAAGGCUUUGCUCCGGAGUAAAGAAGACUUCGACGCCGAGUGCCCUGAUGGAGGCUGCAGCGAGCCAUGUGGGACUAAACUCAAUUGCAGUGUACAUGACUGUCCUCAACGCUGCCACCAGCUUCAGGAUCAUUCCAAGGUUGAUUGCAAAGCCAUCGUCAAGUACACAUGCUCGCAGAACCAUAACACAUCCUUACCCUGUUACAAGCAAAAGACGGCAACUUGCCGGAAGUGCGACGAGAUAGCACGAGCGCAAGAAAAGAAACGACGAAGGGACCACAAACUUGAUGUAGAGCGCGAGAACAAGCAGAAGGCCUAUGCGAAAGAAUUGGCAGAUAUUCAGGAAGAGAUUGAGCAUCAACGCAGAAUAGCAAAAGACCAAUCGGAUGAUCAGGAGAGACAAAAAGUCAUCCUACAGCACAAGCAGGAUUUAUUGAACAUGACUGCAGCGAAUCGGCAGACUCGCACGAGUGUAAGAACAGAUCCCAGUUCAGUCAUAAGCGGUAGCAAGCACGACAAAACCGACCAGAAGACAAACGCCGAGCCUCCUUCACAGCCUUCACAGCCUUCGGGCACGGCGACCGGGACCCCGAUCGCUGCCCAGAAUACGAACGGCGCUGCAAAAACCUCGUCGCCUCUUGCUAAAGAUGUAUGGCAGCCGCCUCCUUCGACAGUGGACUGGGAAUAUCAGAAAAAAUUUGAAGGAGCAAGGAAUGACGCUUUGGACGCUUUGACGGGCAUGAUUGGCCUCGAAGACGUGAAACAACAGUUCCUUUCAAUUAAAGCAAAAGUUGACGUGACAACACGACAAGGCGUGCCACUCAAGACCGAACGCUUCGGUGCUGCUCUACUCGGCAAUCCAGGAACAGGGAAAACCACGGUCGCGCGUCUUUAUGCGAAGUUUCUUGCCUCUGUUGGGGCCCUACCUAGCGACUUCUUUUUUGAAACCUCUGGAUCCGCACUCGCCAACGAUGGCGUUUCUGGGUGCAAGAAACAUCUCGAAAGCAUAUUGAAUAGUGGUGGUGGUGCGUUCUUCAUCGACGAAGCAUACCAGCUCGUCUCUGGCAACAGCCCCGGCGGAAAGGCGGUUCUUGAUUAUCUUCUCGCAGAGAUUGAGAACUUGACCGGCAAGGUGGUCUUCGUUUUGGCCGGCUACAAUAAACAGAUGGAAGCAUUCUUUGCCCACAAUCCAGGUAUUCCAAGUCGUAUACCUCAGCAGUUUCAGUUCCAGGACUACGAGGACUCCGAGCUUCUGCUCAUCUUACGCCAUGCCAUUGAGACUAAGUACAACAGAAAAAUGAAAGUAGAGCUGGGUAUGGAUGGCUUGUACUUUCGAAUUGUUGCACGCCGCCUCGGACGUGGACGUGGGCGCGAAGGUUUUGGAAAUGCCCGCGCUGUGCAUAACAAGUUGGCUCAGAUUGCGGACCGACAAGCAACGAGGUUGAAGCGAGAGAGGAGAGCUGGCAAGCGUCCAGAUGAUAACUUAUUGACCAAGGAAGAUAUGCUAGGCCCACAUCCUUCGGAUGCACUCCAGUCCAAUGCCUCCUGGUCAGCAUUGCAGAACCUUACUGGCCUCAAGGCGGUCAAAGAAUCAGUACGGGUGUUUGUCAACACUAUCCAGUUCAAUUACCGUCGAGAGCUGGAAGAAAAGGAGAUCGUGGAGUACUCUCUUAACAAAGUUUUCCUUGGUUCUCCAGGCACAGGUAAAACCACAGUCGCAAAGCUCUAUGGCCAAAUACUUGCGGAUAUCGGUCUUCUAUCGAACGGGGAAGUAGUGGUCAAGAACCCUGCAGAUUUUAUUGGCAAUGUGAUAGGCCAAUCCGAGAGUAACACAAAAGGAAUUCUCGCUUCAACCGUUGGCAAGGUGCUGGUCAUCGACGAAGCAUACAUGCUCUCUGGAGGAUCCGACAAUAACAGGUCAGCGGAUAGCUUCAAAACGGCCGUCAUUGACACCAUUGUGGCUGAAGUUCAGAGCACGGCUGGCGAAGACCGAUGCGUCUUGUUGCUCGGCUACAAAGACCAGAUGGAAGAAAUGUUCCAGAAAGUCAACCCUGGUCUAACUCGACGAUUUCCUCUGGACUCAGCCUUCGUCUUCGAAGAUUUUUCAGACGUGGAACUGGAGAAGAUAUUUGAGUCGAAACUUCAUACGCAAGGCUUCGAAGCAACGGAUCAAGCCAAGAGAGUGGCCAUGGACAUUCUACGCCGAGCUCGGAAUCGUCCACAUUUUGGCAACGCAGGCGAAGUUGAUAUACUUCUCGACAAAGCUAAGGCAUUCCAUCAAAAGCAUAUCUUAGCAGGAACCUCGAAACAUUUCGAUAAGCUGGAAGCUCUGGAUUUCGACGAAGACUUCAAUCGUGGCCAGCGUGCCACGACCAAUUGCCGUAAAUUGUUCGAAGGAACCAUCGGAUGCGACGCUAUCGUGCAGCAGUUAGAGGGUUACCAGACAACAGCAGCCAAUAUGAAGGCCCUUGAUAUGGAUCCUCGAGAACAGAUACCUUUCAACUUCUUAUUCCGAGGACCUCCAGGAACCGGAAAGACGUCAACCGCUCGCCGAAUGGGCAAGGUGUACUACGACAUGGGUUUCCUAUCCACUGCGGAAGUGGUAGAGUGCUCUGCAACCGAGCUAGUUGGGCAAUACGUCGGACACACAGGACCAAAAACGCAAAAGCUACUCGAGAAAGCCCUUGGUAAAGUAUUGUUCAUUGAUGAGGCUUACCGCCUCGCCGAAGGAGAUUUCGCCACGGAAGCAAUGGACGAGCUUGUUGACAGUCUCACAAAACCCAAAUUUGCCCAGAAACUAGUCACAAUCCUAGCCGGCUACGACGCAGAUAUCAACCGCCUGAUGUCCAUCAACCCAGGACUGACGAGCCGUUUUCCGGAAGCGAUCGUCUUCCAUCAUCUAACGCCUGGGCAGUGCUUACAGCUUUUCGGAGAUGUUCUCAAGAAGAAGAAGCUUAACACCACCGUAUUGGAACCGCCUUCAGAUGCUCUUCACCAACGCUUGCUUGACUCCUUCAAGGUGUUGUCGAAGCUACCAGCCUGGGGAAACGCACGGGACGUCCAAACCCUCGCCAAAACAGUCUUCAGUACCAUCAUGUCCACCGCGACGACCCCAAGCCUGGACGUCCCCAUCACAGAGCAGAACAUUCUCGGCGCCGUGCAAUCCAUGAUAUCAGAGCGUUCCCACCGAAGCACGGCUACAUCAACGUCUCGCCAUCCUGUACGAAAUGCCCCACUACCCACUCAAUCCAUGAACCCACCGGAUAUUCCUGUAAACACUGAUACCGCGACUAGCAAUAACACUGCACUACCACCGGCACCACCGGCGCCCCAAAAGCAGCAACCAGGCGCCAAAUCCCAAGAAGAACCCCAACCCGACGACACCCGCGACGCCGGCGUCUCAGACGCGAUCUGGACUCAGCUCUCCCACGACAAAGCCGUCGCCGCCACCCUUGCGCUCGAGGAGCAGCGCCUCCAAGCCGAAGCAGCAGCACAGCAGAAAGCUGCCGCGGACGACCUCAAGCGCGCAGAAGCAGAGCUCGCCGCGCUGGCAGCCGCCGCCGCAGCCGACGCAGAAGCGCAGCGCGCACACGAAGCUAUGCGGUUGAAGCGAGAACUGGAGCGGCGUGCGAGAGAGGAGAGGUUGGCGGCGUUGGAGAGGCAGCGGAGGGAGGCGGAGGAACGGCGGAAGAGGGAGGAGGUGGUGCAGCAGAAGUUGAGGCACAUGGGGGUUUGUGUGAUGGGGUAUCGGUGGAUUAAGCAGGCGAGUGGGUAUAGAUGUGCGGGGGGGGGUCAUUUCGUGAGUGAUCAGGCUUUGGGGUAG